AUGGAGCGUUGCGCUUGGCCUAAGAACCUCUCCUCCAGCGGCAAGCGCGCGAUCCAGGAGCUCUGUGGCCAAAAUCCCAAGAAGCUCAUAGAUGCCUUCGACGCUCACUCUCAAACUGGCGAUGACCCACGGCAGCCCUUGUCUGCGGGAGAUCUGAUCGUCAGCGUCCUCGGUUCGUUCAGCACCAACACCCAAUCCCUAUCGAGCGGCUCUGAGUCCUAUGAGGUCUUGCAGGUCCCGAGCAACGCCUUUGUCAGUUCCGAGGUCUCCGAGGGAAGUGAGAGCAUCAUGUCUCCGUUAGAGAGCGUCAACACCCCCGUCCAGAGUUUUCCGGUAGAGAGCUUCAAGACCCCCGUCCGGAGACUCCAGAGGUCUCCGGUGGAGACCGUCAAGCCCCCCGUCCAGAGGUCAUCGGUAUCCAUCUUUUGGGAGCAGUCGCUAGUGGGGGCCGCGACGGCGAUAGACGAGGGCAGAGUAGAUGUGGCUUCGGAGAUCCUGACGCGCUUGUCUGCCUGCGCGGAGGCCGUCCAGCAGAGCAACCUCAGCAUCGCGGAGGCGCUGGUGAAGCAAAUCAGGUUCCUGGCGUUCUCGCAGGCCGGGGCGAUGAGGAAGGUCGCCACCUUCUUCGCGGAGGGGCUGGCGCGGCGGAUCUACCAGGUCUACCCGCAGAACCCGCCGUGGGACCACUCCCUCACCGACACCCUCCAGAUGCACUUCUACGAGACCUGCCCGUACCUCAAAUUCGCCCACUUCACCGCGAACCAGGCCAUCCUGGAGGCCUUCGAGGGCAAGAGCCGCGUCCACGUCAUCGACUUCAGCAUUAACCAGGGCCUCCAGUGGCCGGCGCUGAUGCAGGCCCUCGCCGUCCGCACCGGCGGUCCGCCCGCCUUCCGCCUCGCGGGGAUCGGCCCCCCCGCCCCGGACAACUCCGACCGCCUCCAGGAGGUAGGGUGGAAGCUGGCCCGGCUGGCGGAGACCAUCCACAUCGAGUUCGAGUACCGCGGGUUCGCCGCCAACAGCCUCGCCGACCUCGACGCGUCGAUGCUGGAGCUGCGGCCGAGCGACGACGAGGCGGUGGCGGUCAACUCGGUGUUCGAGCUGCACAAGCUGCUGGCCCGCCCGGGGGCGAUCGAGAAGGUGCUGGGCAUGGUGCGGCAGGUGCGGCCGGCGAUCGUGACAGUGGUCGAGCAGGAGGCCAACCACAACGGGCCGGUCUUCGUGGACCGGUUCAACGAGUCGCUGCACUACUACUCCACCAUGUUCGACUCCCUGGAGGGCUGCGCCAGCUCGCAGGACAAGGCCAUGUCGGAGGUCUACCUCGGAAAGCAGAUCCGCAACGUGGUGGCGUGCGAGGGCGCCGACCGGGUCGAGCGCCACGAGACCCUCGCCCAGUGGCGGGCCCGCCUCGGCGCCGCUGGGUUCGCGCCGGCCCACCUCGGGUCGAACGCGUUCAAGCAGGCGAGCAUGCUGCUGGCCCUGUUCACCAGCGAGGACGGGUACCGGGUGGAGGAGAACGGCGGGUGCCUGAUGCUUGGGUGGCACACGCGGCCGCUCAUCGCCACCUCGGUGUGGCGGCUCGGUGGCCCGAGCGCCGGGGCGGCGCACUGAUUCCGGCGGCCCCCACCAC